AUGAUUACGUAACCUAAUUAAGAGACAUUUGACUUGCUUACUAAAGCAGAGAAUUUCCUAUCUUUAGACAAUUAAAAUCAUUCAGUUGAAAGAGUACCUUCACCAAUAGAGAAAUCGAAAUCCUCUAUGUCUGACGUACCUAUUAUUGAUGUGAAAGUUUUUCUCGAGCGUUUGCCAGGCUGGGAAGAUGAAUGUCAAAAAGUCAAGGAGUGCUUACAUAAGUAUGGAAUAUUGAUAUUCAGAGACCCAAGAGCAAACUAAAAAGAUAAUGAAGAUUAUAUUGAUAUGAUGGAAGAAUAUUUCGCAAGAACCAGUCAGAUAUAUUAUGAAGGGCAGGAAUUGAGAGAUGCUAAGCCUGAAUUUAACUAUCUCACGGGAGUUACCCCAGAGUAAAUAGAAAAAGCAAGAAAUCAUUAUGAAAAAGUCAAGGACUUACCUGAGGAGGACAAGCCUCUCUCACAGUUUCCACCUACAUAUGAUAUGAAAUGGAGAUAUAUGUGGAAAAUGGGUGAAAGACCAGAAGAAGCACUAGAUAAUUUUCCUCAAAUCAUACCAGAUGGAUUCCCUGAUUGGGAGGAUAAAAUGAAUGCUUGGGGCUGCAAAUUAUUAUAAGCUGGUUAAACAGCAGCUGAAAUGGCUGCUCUAGGUAUGGGUCUUGAAUAUGAUACCUUUACUAAGAGACUAGAAGGAGGAGCUCAUUUACUUGCGCCUACUGGUUCAGAUCUCGUAAGAAACGAUGUUGGAACAACAUUAGCUGGUUUUCAUUAUGAUAUAUCUUUCUUAACUUGCCAUGGAAAGUCAAGAUUACCAGGUUUAUACAUUUGGCUUAAAGAUUGGACUAAGGUAGCUGUUAAGAUUCCUGAUGGUUGCCUACUGAUAUAAGCUGGCUCUACAUUUGAGCAUAUGACUGCUGGAUAUGUCCUUGCUGGAUAUCAUGAAGUUAUGUAUACCGAAGAUACCAAGCGAGCCGCUGAGAAAUUAAAACAAGAAAUACUUGAAAAUGAAAGUAAUCGAUAAUUAUGGAGAGUUUCCUCAACUUUAUUCUGCUAGAUGAGGUAUGAUGUUGACAUUUCCCCAAUGCCUUAACUAUCGCAUUUGUAUGAAUAAGAGCAAGCUAGAAAAUAUAAGAAGAUGACAGCUUAUGAAAAAUUAAUGGAGGAGCUUAGAGCUACCAACGUUGCUUUCAUAAAAGAAUGA